AUGAAACCAUACAGCAUACUGCCCAUCCUCCUCGUAAGCGUGGCUUGUCAAGCAGACAGUGCCAAUACUUCGACUACCGCGAUCGGCUUUGAUGCUAUUGAACCCUCGGCUAAUCUCAACUGGACAACAUGUUUCGAUGACUUUACAUGCUCCCGAUUGGAAGUCCCCUUGGAUUAUUCGAAUAAGAGUGUUGGAAACACAUCGAUCGCCUUCAUAAAGCUCGCCGGGAAAAAUGCCACAGCCGAUUCCCCAAGUAUUGUAUUCAUUCCUGGUGGUCCAGGAGGCUCUGGUAUCCAGCUUCUCCUGGAGUCCCGGGAUCUUGUAGGUACCAUCCUUGGAGAACAGUACAAUUUUGUUUCGUUCGACCCAAGAGGUAUAAACAAUAGCGGUCCAAUCCUUGAUUGUUUCUCGGGCAACGCAGAAGCAAGACUUGCCUUCAACCAGCUGCACAGCACAGGGAUUACCAACGUAUCGUCAACAUCACUCGAGGAGCAGUAUUAUUCGAGCUCUAUUUACGGUGAUUGGUGCAACAAUGCAGUGAAGAAUGAAACACCCUAUGGAUAUUAUGUGACUACACCGGCAGUCGCCCGUGAUCUGCUCACUUUCGUUGAAGCGGAAGCCGAAGCGACCAGCCAGGCACUAUCAGAUGCAAAAUUGUGGAGUUACGGCGUCAGUUAUGGCACGGUGAUUGGCACAACUUUCGCCUCUAUGUUUCCUGAGCGAGUUGGAAGAAUGAUACUGGAUGGUGUUUUGGAUGCUGAGCAAUACUAUGACAACAACUGGAGGGAUAACGUCAAUCAAAUGGACGCGACCAUACAAAGUUUCGCGAGCUUCUGCCACGCCGCGGGCCCUACAAACUGUUCUUUCUGGGGACCAACAGCAGAUAAUAUCACGACCAGGAUUGACAGCAUUAUCGACCGGCUUCAAACUCAUCCGGUUGCCUUGAGCGGACUUCAAAAUCCAGGUUUGCCAAACGUGGUCACCUAUUCAGACUUGAAGGCCCUUUUCGUCAACACUAUUUACAAUCCAUUACAAUCAUUCCCAUUGACAGCGGAAAUCCUCCACGAAGUCGAGCAUGGAAAUGUGUCUGCUCUUGUCGGAGCUUUUGACGGCUUGGCUAUCACGGACGAUGCCCGCCUUAUUGUUCAAUGCACCGACUCUUCACAAAGGAACAAGCUCAGAACCAUUGAGGACUUCAGGAGCUAUGUUCAAUAUACGACUUCUCAGAGCCAUUAUAUCGGUGAUAUCUAUCCAAUAUUUCUGGAAACUAUCUUGUGUCGAUCAUUCCGAACCAACUUGCCUGAGAGCAUGGUAAUUCAAGGUCAGUAA